GUAGAGAUCGAGGAAGAGAGGCGACAAUGGUGUUUGACCAUUUCAGAUAAGAUUAGCUAUUUAUGAUCAUUGUUCUGUUGGUAGUUACAAAAUUAGGAGGCAGAAGGCAACUAAAAUUUGCAUGACAAAAAUCUUCUCUCCAUAAACAUUGCCUCAGAAUUGGCAAAGCUAGCAAAGUCCAUCUCAUCUCACCUGUCAAUUUCUUUCCCUCCACUUGUAAUCAAAGGAAAAAAAAGAGUAAGUUGGCCAUCUAAAGCAGCCCCAUGAUAGGGAGAUCGAAAACCUUCCUUCCUUUCAAGAUCCUUCUUUCUUUCUAAUUCUAACCAUCCCACCCUUACCCCCAGGAGGGAUGGAGGAUGGAAAAAAAUAAAUUAAAAACAUCAAAAAUCAAUCUUGUUCUGCCUUCCUUGUUGUCUCCGAUAAUGGCUUUCCUCCUUGCUCUCCUCUUUGCCUUGCUUUCUAGCCCCAGCAUUGUAUCCGCGGGUGGCAAUGCCUUCAAGCCAGCUGAUGAGUUCCUCAUCAACUGUGGAGCCAAGAACCUGGCUUCUUUUCCUGAUGGAAGAAUCUUCAAGACCGACAAGGAGGCCCAAGGUUACUUACAGACCAAGCAAGAUAUCUUAGUAUCUAUUCCGUCCGCCAAUGUUUCUUCUCCUCUAUAUCUGUCAGCGAGGAUUUUUAAAGAGGAUGCGACUUAUGCAUUUACAUUGAAGAGUGCGGGGUGGCAUUGGGUGCGUCUGCAUUUAUUUCCAAUGAAUAACACAGAAUUCGAUCUGCGCACAGCAACCUUCUCUGUCAACACAGAUAAGUAUGCCCUCCUUCACAACUUCAAUACGAAUAACGAUACUCAAGCUGUAUUGAAGGAGUAUCUAAUUAACAUGACCGACCCAAACUUUUCCAUCCACUUUAUACCUCUGAAGAAUUCUGCAGCUUUCAUCAAUGCCAUUGAGGUUGUUUCAGCUCCUGACAUUCUGAUAUCUGAUCAAGCCACCAACCUCUUCCCCGUUAACAACUUUGCUGGUUUGAACAACUUUGGGUACGAAGUAGUGUACAGGCUCAACAUGGGGGGACCUUUGAUCACCUCAGAAAAUGACACACUUUGGAGGAGAUGGGUACCCGAUAAGCCAUACCUUAAGCACGAAGCCUUGGCCAAAAGUGCAUCUGUCCCUACUUCCUCCAUCAAAUAUGGUCCAGGAAUCUCAUCACUUAUUGCGCCAGCAACGGUCUAUGCAUCUGCUGAGCAAAUGGCUGAUUCAGAAACGAGGAUUCAAAAUUUCAAUUUAACAUGGAAUUUUGUGGCUGAUGCAACAUUCAGCUACGUUGUUCGGCUGCAUUUUUGUGACAUUGUGAGCAAAUCCCUUAAUGAUCUCUACUUUAAUGUGUAUCUUAAUGGGAAAAUGGCAAUUUCUGGAUUGGAUUUGUCAUCCAUCAAAGACGAAUUGGCAGUAUCAUAUUUCAAAGACUUUGUGGUGGAUGCUUCCUUGAUGUCCAAUGGACUCGCAGUUGAGGUUGGUCCUAUGGGUGACGAAACUGGUACGAGAAAUGCUAUUCUGAAUGGCUUGGAGGUCUUCAAAAUGAGCAGUAAAGUUAACAGUUUGGAUGGAGUGUUUGGGGUUGAUGGUAAGAUGCUUGAGAAUCACAAGGCAGUUGUUUACGUAGGAUUCGGGUUGAUGUUUGGUGCAUUUGUUGGCCUUGGUGCAAUGCUGUUGAAGUGGCACAAGAGACCUCAAGAUUGGCAAAAGAGGAAUAGCUUUUCUUCUUGGUUGCUUCCUGUCCAUGCUGGUGACCAUAGCUUCAUGUCAAGUAAAACCUCACUGGGAUCUCACAAGACCAACUUUUACUCAUCAACUCUUGGUCUAGGCCGGUUUUUCUCUCUAUCAGAGUUGCAGGAGGCUACCAAGAACUUCGAUUCAAGCGAAAUAAUUGGUGUUGGUGGUUUUGGCAAUGUCUAUAUUGGAAUGAUUGAUGAUAGUACCAAAGUUGCUGUCAAGAGAGGUAACCCACAAUCUGAACAAGGAAUCACAGAGUUCCAGACAGAAAUUCAGAUGUUAUCAAAGCUCAGGCAUAGGCAUUUGGUGUCCUUGAUUGGCUAUUGUGACGAGAACGACGAAAUGAUCCUGGUUUAUGAAUACAUGUCCAAUGGACCUUUUAGGGACCACCUCUAUGGAAAGAAUUUGCCCACAUUGUCAUGGAAGCAAAGGCUGGAGAUCUCUAUUGGAUCUGCUCGCGGACUUCAUUACUUGCAUACGGGAACUGCACAAGGUAUCAUUCACCGUGAUGUGAAGACCACAAACAUUUUGCUCGACGAUGCCUUUGUCGCCAAGGUUGCUGAUUUUGGGCUGUCCAAAGAUGCGCCUAUGGGACAGGGUUAUGUCAGUACUGCAGUGAAGGGAAGUUUUGGAUACUUGGAUCCUGAGUACUUCAGGAGGCAGCAACUGACUGAUAAAUCUGACGUGUACUCAUUUGGGGUGGUGCUGCUUGAGGUAUUGUGUGCAAGGCCUGCCCUUAACCCUCAACUUCCAAGAGAGCAAGUUAAUUUGGCUGAAUGGGCAAUGCAAUGGAAGAGGAAGGGGUUGCUUGAAAAGAUCAUCGACCCUUGUCUUGUUGGUACCAUCAAUCCUGAAUCAUUGAUGAAGUUUGCCGAGGCUGCAGAGAAGUGCUUGGCUGAGCAUGGUGUUGACAGGCCAACUAUGGGAGAUGUGCUGUGGAACUUGGAGUAUGCUUUGCAGCUCCAAGAAGCUUUCUCUAAAGGAAAAGCUGAAGAUGAAAGUAAGUUAUCAGCUGCCGUAGCCGACUCCCCUGUUGCUGUAGCUACUCCCAAAGCUAUUUCCACCUCUGUCACGGAAGACAACAAAAGCCCUGCUGAAGUUCAGGUCAUUGAUGAUCAUUCAGGAACGGCAAUGUUUUCUCAAUUUGCUGGGCUAAACGGCAGGUAAAUUCUAUAAAUUCGUUGUUCUAAUUGAGCAGUCAUCAAGAACAGAAUAGUUUAAGCAUCUCAUGGAAGAUCUUAAACUCGGGAGCAUCAAUGGUGGCUUUUGCUCUUGCUUCAGAAUGAGAGCUUGAUGAGCUUGCAUCGCUCUUAUAAUUGCAUAUCAUGGUGUAUGUUACAGGUUUUCUUUUUAGACACUCUAUUUAUCCUCUUUCUUGUGUGUAGUAUUUGAUUCUUGGUUAUAAAAAUUGUAAGAAAAAUAACUGAUUAAUGUACUGGUAUUGAUAGAUGUAUACCUGCAGUAGUAUCAUGCCUCUAUCCAUCAACUCCUAUAUAUAUAACAUGAUGGGGAUUUUGGACUAAA